AUGUCUUCCGAGCCGCGCCAGCACCCGCAGCAGCGGCGAGCCCUGCAUCUGGCACCGCCCUUCCUCCUAGAUGACUACACCCCGCGAUACCUUUCGCUCAGCUCGGUCGACGCCGCCCUGAAGCGGUCGCGCGCGUACGCCCACCUGCGCAACUGCAACCUGUGUCCGCGGCGGUGCGGCGUGAACCGCUACGAGACCACGGGAAUGUGUCUCAUCGGCGCCGAGACGGCCAAGGUCAACGUCAUUGCGCCGCACUUUGGUGAGGAGCCUUGUGUGCAAGGGCAUCAUGGGAGUGGUGCGGUGUUCUUUAGUAUGUGUAACUUGCGUUGUGUGUUUUGUCAGAAUCAUGAUAUUGCUCACCAGCGGAAUGGGAUGGAUCUUACGCCUGAGGAACUUGGGGAGUGGUACAUCAAGCUCCAGGAAGUGGGUAAUGUGCACAAUAUCAACCUCAUCACCCCCGAGCAUGUCGUCCCCCAGGUAGCCCUGAGUAUUCUCCACGCCCGGGACCAGGGGCUCAGGCUGCCCAUCAUCUACAACACGUCGGCCUACGAUUCGCUGGAGUCGCUUGAACUGAUGGACGGGUUGGUGGAUAUCUAUCUGCCAGACUUCAAGCUCUGGUCGCCGACGAGCGCGAAACGCCUUCUCAAAGCAGACGACUAUGCAGCCACGGCAAGGGAGAGUAUCCGGGCCAUGCAGGCGCAAGUGGGGGAUCUUUGCUUUACUGCAGACGGCCUCGCCAAAAGGGGAUUGCUUGUGCGCCACCUGGUCAUGCCGGGCUUCGAGGCCGAGGGCGCGGAGAUCAUGAGGUUUCUCGCAACUGACGUGUCUCAAGACUGUUUCGUGAAUAUUAUGGAGCAGUACCACCCGGAUGCCUAUGUGGGUAGGCCAUCCAAAAGGACGACGACUAAGAAGCAGACCCCAUCACAACAACAAUCGCCAGCGGAGACCGAGGACAAUGGCACCGAGAAGAAGCGGUACGCGGAGAUAAAUCGCGCUGUGACACCGGACGAGAUCACUUCCGUCCGAAAGGCUGCGGAAGAGGCGGGUCUCUGGAGGUUUUGUGAUCCUCCUAAGCAUAGUGGCUUUAGCCUGUAA